AGAAAACCCCAAAACACGAACAUCCCUUACAAUCCCUACGUGAGUGAUGAUGAUCAUGCUCUCAGCAUUCACAGAAUAUUUGAUAUCAAUUUCACAACAAUGACGAAGCGCAAGGAUUUUGACCAUGACUUCCCUUCAAUUUCCCCCGCAACAAAAUCCAGGAGACUGGACGGCGAGUUAUGUGGUACGAUGAUGGAGGAAGACCUAAAUGCAAUGCUGAAGCAACCUUGGACCAUAGAUGAGGGUUCUGCUUCUGAUUCUGCUUCUGCAUAUGUGCCAAACACGGACGAGAGAGCCCUCGUGGUUUAUGACCCUACCAAAACCCCUCUUCUGAAGUCCCCAAGCACGCCCCAGUUCUCUAUCGUUGUCAAGGCUGACUUGAUUCCCGGUUUAAAGGAUUAUCUCUUGUCAUGGGGUACUGUAAAGCUAGACAACCCUGUGGAAGAUGAAGUGAGGAGGGAGAAGAGUUCUGAAGUAACAAAAGACUCUUUGGCUGUUGUCCCGUGGGUUGCAUUCCAUUCUCCUAUGGCAUGUGAAGAAAUAGCACCAGAAGCAGGUCAACCUUUAGAGGUAGAAGAAGGUGAAAUGAUGGAGAUGGAUGAACCCUGUGUCAAUAACAACUAUGAGAAGGCUAUGGAAAUUGGUGAUAAGGUGGAGGCAGCUGGACCUUCAUCACCAUGGCAACAACAACACUGUAUGAUGCCUAAUCUGUUGCAGAACAAUUCCACUCCAAUCCAUUGGUGUUAACACUCCUAACUCCCAUUUUGUGUAUUUGUUUCUGGUAGUUUUACGUUGCUUCAGGUUACCAUUCCCUCCAAUGGUAUUUUAUGUACAUAAUUAUAGGAAGUUUUGGAGAACUAUCGAACAAACUGCUAAAAUUUCACGUAGGGCGGGUUUAUAUUUGUUGAGGACGCCUUGUGUAUAUAACUUGCUAAUUUGCACCUCUCAAAUACUUGCUAUAUAUUA